UUCUCUCCCUCCCAUCUCCCUCCUUAUAAUAGAGACCAUUCAAACCAGGUCCAAUGGGUAAGAGCUAUGCAACGUCCUACAACCCCAAUUACAUUCCCCUCUACUUCUCUCCCCCCGUCGUCUCCAACAUUUGCCUCCAUCACUAAUGCCAUGGCUGCAAUCAAUCCAGCCAGUGUCGAAAUAGCUUAUUGUCCUCUUUCUCAAGCCUCGAGGCCUACAUCCGAUCCAUAGCUCACAUACCGUCCCGCCUCGGUCGCCAGGCCAAUUCCGUCUCCGACGACGAAAUGAGCGCCGUCCGAGCUCGCUUCGGCUCCCACAUGCAGAAGAGGUUCCACUGGCUCCACCUCAUCGUAUUGGGCCUCGGCAGCACGGUGGUUGAUGGCGCCUUUGUUGACUAUCUUAUUUCAGCGCCUCAUUUGUUUCUUACGUGGCACAAUCUUGUGUUUUGAUCGACUUGUAGAUGUUGUGGACGGCUGUGGAUGAAGGGAGGGCACAGGAGGGGUGAGAAAGAGGAGGGGAGAGAAUCGGGCCCGAGAUUGAGGGCACAAAAGAAAAUAAGCCGAAGUAGAAUUGCAAGAAGCGGAUAAGCAGUAGUAGAUAUAGUCCCAAAGCGUUCUCAGUUGGUAGGUUUGUACGAGGAGGCAAGUGAAAUUGUGAGCAUGAAUUCGUCGCUGGUGUUUCGUCGCUUCUGGUGCUUCAGUGCCGCAACUUCUUCUUCAUCUUCUUCUUCUUCUACUUUAUGCUUCGCUUCCAACAAGAAGCCCCUCGUCUUCUUAGGCUCUCCUCAGGUGUCAGCAACUGUUCUGGAUGCCCUUCUCAAUGCAUCCACAGCCGCAGACUCAAUCUUUGAGGUUGCAGCUAUUGUUACUCAGCCCCCAUCCAGAAAGUCUAGGGGGAAAAAGUUGAUGCCUUCUCCUUUAGCACAGCAUGCUCUUGACAGAGGCUUCCCUUCAAACCUUAUUUUCACACCUGAACGGGCUGGAGAGGAUGUGUUUUUGUCCGACUUAAGAGCUUUGCAGCCACAACUUUGCAUAACUGCUGCUUAUGGGAACAUUUUACCUACCAAGUUUCUCAAUAUCCCAACAUUGGGUACGGUCAAUAUACACCCAAGUUUGCUUCCAUUGUAUCGUGGAGCUGCACCUGUUCAAAGAGCCUUGCAGGAUGGUGUUAAUGAAACAGGAGUAUCCUUAGCGUUCACUGUUCGUGCACUGGAUGCCGGGCCUGUCAUUGCCUGUGAAAGAAUGGAAAUUGAUGAUCAAAUUAAGGCACCGGAUCUACUUGCACUACUAUUUAAUGAAGGAUCUAAACUAUUGAUCAAUGAGCUUCCUUCUAUAUUUGAUGGGUCAGCUAAGGUGAAAGCAUGUCCCCAGGAUGACUCUAAAGCUACCUUAGCUCCCAAGAUUGCUCCGGAAGAAUCGUGGCUGUCCUUUGAUCAGGAGGCUUCAGUUCUACAUAAUAAGGUUCGUGCAUUUGCAGGGUGGCCUGGAACUCGAGCUAAAGUUGUAAUUAUUGACAACAAAACUGGUCAAGAGAAUAUCAUGGAAUUCAAAAUUAUGACAACUAAAGUCUGCAGCCAGAGAAAUGUUCAGGUCAACCAAGCGGAUGAAAUCACCUUUAUAAAGCCUGCAUUAGUAUUUCCCUGUGGACGGGGCACAGCCCUUGAGGUAUUGGAGGUUCAGAUUCCGGGUAAGAAGGCAAUAAGUGCAGCUGCCUUCUGGAAUGGUUUGCGUGGUCAAAAACUGAAGAUAUACCAUGCUUCCAAUGUAAACGGUAAUUCUAGUUAGUUUAAAGGGGUGAGCAAUUUUGUUGAGUAGCAUCCCCCAUUCUUUUAAUUAAUUUUAUUGGAAAUACAUGUAAUAUUUAUUGGAAAUCUUCCUGUAUUGAUCUCUUAGGGUACAAAGAUACCAAUAUGAUUUAGUGAAAUCAAAAUAUGGACAAGUAGAACAUUAUUUCCA